AUGUCACCUACCAUAUUGGAAGAAGAGCAGAUGGAUGAUGCUCAACUGGACGAAAUCGAAUUACAAACAGAUUCCUUUGCCCUUUUAAUUGCACAAAGUCAUACAACAGAUCCGAUAGCUUGGUGCAACACAUUAUUCUCUACCAUUACAGCACCGAAAAGGAACGAGCCGCUGCUAGGAUUCCCUGUAGAACGUGCCUGGUCAAUGGUCUAUGCAGAACUGCGCGGACGCUCUCGGGACAUUGCUCCUACUCGCCCCCGAGUAACAACUUUGGCUAAAUUAGAUGGGGAUCAUCAUAUUCGAAACAAUAAUCUCCCAACGGACCAGGAAAUGAUACAACAUCAACAACCUCAACAGAUACUACAACCAAUAGAAGCUCCUCUACCGGACAAAUAUAUCAAAAGAACCAAGAAAACAAGUGCUCUGUUGAAAAUUGAAAAUCGUACAUCGACCUUUCGAACACCUGGGAGCUUGGAGAAGCAUAUCCAUGACAUGCACAUUAGGACAAAUGCCAAGCUCAACAUCUCCACCCGAAAGGCAUUCACCAAGGUGCAAACAUUGACCUAUGUCUCGGUUCAUCAUGAUAUCACGCGCAAUUAUCGAAACGCCAAAAACAUCAUGGCUGAUCAAGAUGAGGGAACAUAUUAUGAAUACGAGGACUUGACACCAUAUUUGCAACAGAUGAUGACGGUUGAUGUAUGA